CUCACCUCCAUUAUAAAAUUGAUUGUUCUUUGCACUGAGCUUUGCUGAUUGCCAGAUUUAAUUAAUCCCUCAUAGAAGAAAAAGCAUUCACUGCCCAUCAGUGUUUGCUCUUCUAUUGAGUUGAGUUGAGUCUACUCGUAAGCUCCAUUUCUAGCUUGCCGUCAACUUUUCUGGUUAACGCGAAAAUAAUGUUAAAGAUUGGAGGAUCACACCAAUUAAGAUCGGUUCGUCGAUGUUGUUGGUGGAAAUUGAACGGGCGUUAUCGAAAUAUUCAAUCAAAAUAUCCAAACUCUCAAAUUUCAUUUCCCAGAAAUUACGCUAUUAAAGCUCCUCUUCGCAUUAGAACAAGAAAUAAUAGACCUUUAGUGACUAGGUGCUUAACAACAUCAACAAUGACGGUCACACCUAACAUUUCAAUCAAUGAUGGUAACCUUGUUGUACAUGGCAAGACCAUACUCACUGGGGUACCUGACAACAUUGUCCUCACUCCUGGAUCCGGUGUUGGUCUUGUUGCUGGCGCAUUUAUCGGGGCUUCUGCUUCCGAUAGCAAAAGUCUCCAUGUCUUUCCUGUUGGAGUCUUAGAGGGUCUGAGGUUUAUGUGCUGUUUCCGUUUCAAAUUAUGGUGGAUGACCCAGAGGAUGGGAAUGUGUGGGAAAGACAUUCCUUUUGAGACCCAAUUCAUGCUUGUUGAGAGCAAGGAUGGUGGUGAAGGAGUUGAUCAAGAUGAUUCUCAGACCAUCUACACUGUUUUCCUUCCUCUCCUCGAAGGCCAGUUCCGUGCUGUUCUGCAAGGCAACGAAAAGAAUGAGAUAGAAGUCUGCGUUGAGAGUGGGGAUAAUGCGGUUGCAACCAACCAAGGUCUUUACCUUGUCUACAUGCAUGCUGGUACUAAUCCCUUCGAAGUUAUCAGCCAGGCUGUGAAGGCUGUGGAGAAACAUAUGCAGACUUUUCUUCAUCGCGAGAAGAAAAAGUUGCCCUCAUUCCUUGACUGGUUUGGCUGGUGCACUUGGGAUGCUUUUUACACUGAUGUCACAGCUGAAGGUGUUGAGGAAGGCCUUAAAAGUUUAUCAGCAGGAGGGACUCCCUCACGAUUUUUAAUUAUUGAUGAUGGCUGGCAACAGAUUGAAACUAAAGCUAAGGAAGAUACCAAUGUCGUUGUACAAGAAGGAGCGCAAUUUGCAAGAAUGCUCACUGGGAUAAAAGAGAAUGAAAAGUUUCAGAAGAACGGUGCAAAGAAUGAGGAGAGCACCGGACUGAAGCAUGUGGUGGAAGAUGCCAAGCAACAUCAUCAUGUGAAGUAUGUAUAUGUAUGGCAUGCUUUAGCUGGAUACUGGGGUGGAGUAAAACCAGCAGCUGCUGGUAUGGAGCAUUAUGACUCUGCCUUGGCAUAUCCAGUUCAGUCUCCUGGUGUAAUAGGCAACCAACCCGACAUUGUCAUGGACAGUCUCUCUGUUCAUGGCCUUGGUUUGGUGCAUCCAAAGAAGGUCUUCAACUUUUACAAUGAACUUCAUGCUUACUUGGCUACAUGCGGUGUAGAUGGAGUGAAAGUUGACGUUCAGAAUAUUAUCGAGACUCUUGGUGCUGGCCAUGGUGGAAGAGUUUCUCUCACCCGUGCCUAUCACCAGGCUCUUGAGGCUUCAAUUGCCCGAAACUUCCCUGAUAAUGGUUGUAUUGCUUGUAUGUGCCAUAACACCGAUGGACUAUAUAGCGCCAAGCAGACUGCUGUUGUGAGAGCUUCUGAUGACUUCUAUCCUAGAGACCCUGCUUCCCACACCAUUCACAUUUCCUCCGUGGCCUACAACUCCAUUUUCCUCGGAGAAUUUAUGCAACCCGACUGGGAUAUGUUCCAUAGUUUACACCCUGCUGCAGAUUAUCAUGCUGCAGCUCGUGCUAUAGGUGGAUGUCCAAUUUAUGUCAGUGAUAAGCCUGGCAACCAUAACUUUGAGCUGCUGAAGAAGCUAGUCCUUCCCGAUGGAUCAGUUCUGCGAACCCAACUUCCUGGCAGGCCGACCCGUGACUGUCUCUUUGUUGAUCCGGCAAGAGAUGGGACUAGUUUGCUUAAGGUAUGGAAUGCCAAUAAAUGCACUGGUGUGGUUGGUGUGUUCAACUGCCAAGGUGCUGGUUGGUGCAAGAUCGAAAAGAAGACCCGUAUUCAUGAUGCUUCUCCUGGUACCCUCUCAGUCUCUGUCCGCGCCACUGACGUCGAUUGCAUUGCUCAAGUUGCCGGUGCAGAUUGGAAUGGGGAGACGGUAGUGUAUGCCCAUAGAUCAGGGGAGGUGAUUCGGUUACCUAAAGGCGCUUCUUUGCCAGUGACGCUAAAAGUUCUCGAGUAUGAACUCUUCCAUUUCUGUCCAAUCACGGAAAUCACUUCCAACAUUUCAUUUGCCCCAAUAGGAUUGCUCGACAUGUUCAACACAGGUGGUGCGGUAGAUGAAGUCACCAUCCACACAGCUCCCGAAACAAAAGCAGAACCUUUUGAUGGCGAGGUCUCCUCGGAGCUCACUGCUGCAUUGAGUGAUAAUCGGUCCCCAACUACAACCAUUGCAAUGAAAGUCAGAGGGUGUGGACGUUUCGGUGCUUACUCUUCACAGCGUCCGCUCAAAUGUGUCGUGGGUAAUGCUGAGACAGAGUUCCACUACAACUCUGAGAGUGGACUAGUGACCGUGAGUCUCCCCGUGCCGGAGGAGGAGAUGUAUAGAUGGGAUGUUGAGAUCCAGGUUUAAGUAGAGUUUGAAGAGAGAGAGUUCAUUAUUCAAGUAUUAUGGUAGCAUACUUGCAGAAGAUGGGUGAGAGAGAUGUUGCACAAGGUGUUUGUCAAUGUAAUUAUUUCCCACUUUUUAGCAAUAAAAGCUUUUCUUGGCAA